UCUACCGCCUCCGCCCCCGGAGCGAAGGAGGCGGGUUUUGGCCUCUUGCCCUAGGGAGCGAGUGCAGAGGGAGUGGGAGCGAGACGGGCCCGAGUGGAAGUGUCUGGCUCCCGGGAGAGGCCGUGCUGUACUCCUUGCUUCCCAUGAGCUCGUUCUGCAGCGAGCAGCGCCGUCGUUAGGUCGGCCCCGUAGCCUCUGCUUCCCCCGGGAUAGGCCCACGCCUCGCCGGGGAGGGAGCAGCCUGUCGAGGCGCCUCCCUAGUCUGCGUCGGUGUCGCGCUGCGACCCUGGAAGCGGGAGCCGCCGCGAGCGAGAGGAGGAGCGGCCGCGGGCCCCAGCAUCAACAGCACCAGCGGGCGGGAUCGAGGCCGUCAACAUGGCGAGCGCCUCAUACCACAUUUCCAAUCUGCUGGAAAAAAUGACAUCCAGCGACAAGGACUUCAGGUUUAUGGCUACAAAUGACUUGAUGACAGAACUGCAGAAAGAUUCCAUCAAGUUGGAUGAUGAUAGUGAAAGGAAAGUAGUGAAAAUGAUUUUGAAGUUACUGGAAGAUAAAAAUGGAGAGGUACAAAAUUUAGCUGUCAAAUGUCUUGGCCCUUUAGUGAGCAAAGUGAAAGAAUACCAAGUAGAAACAAUUGUAGAUACCCUCUGUACUAACAUGCUUUCCGAUAAAGAACAACUUCGAGAUAUUUCAAGUAUUGGCCUUAAAACAGUAAUUGGGGAACUUCCUCCAGCUUCCAGUGGCUCUGCACUAGCUGCUAAUGUGUGUAAAAAGAUUACUGGACGUCUUACCAGUGCAAUAGCAAAGCAGGAAGAUGUCUCUGUUCAGCUAGAAGCCUUGGAUAUUAUGGCUGAUAUGUUGAGCAGGCAAGGAGGACUUCUUGUUAACUUCCAUCCUUCAAUUCUGACCUGUCUACUCCCCCAGUUGACCAGCCCUAGACUUGCAGUGAGGAAGAGAACCAUUAUUGCUCUUGGCCAUCUGGUUAUGAGCUGUGGAAAUAUAGUUUUUGUAGAUCUUAUUGAACAUCUGUUGUCAGAGUUGUCCAAAAAUGAUUCCAUGUCAACAACAAGAACCUACAUACAAUGCAUUGCUGCUAUUAGUAGGCAAGCUGGUCAUAGAAUAGGUGAAUACCUUGAGAAGAUAAUUCCUUUGGUGGUAAAAUUUUGUAAUAUUGAUGACGAUGAGUUAAGAGAGUACUGCAUUCAAGCCUUUGAAUCAUUUGUGAGAAGAUGCCCUAAGGAAGUAUAUCCUCAUGUUUCUACCAUUAUAAAUAUUUGUCUUAAAUAUCUUACCUAUGAUCCAAAUUAUAAUUAUGAUGAUGAAGAUGAAGAUGAAAAUGCCAUGGAUGCAGAUGGUGGUGAUGAUGAUGACCAAGGGAGUGAUGAUGAAUACAGUGAUGAUGAUGACAUGAGCUGGAAAGUGAGACGUGCCGCUGCGAAGUGCUUGGAUGCUGUAGUUAGCACAAGGCACGAAAUGCUUCCAGAAUUCUACAAGACCGUCUCUCCUGCACUGAUAUCCAGAUUUAAAGAGCGUGAAGAGAAUGUAAAGGCAGAUGUUUUUCAUGCAUACCUUUCUCUUUUGAAGCAAACUCGUCCUGUGCAAAGUUGGCUGUGUGACCCUGAUGCAAUGGAACAGGGAGAAACACCUUUAACAAUGCUUCAGAGUCAGGUUCCCAACAUUGUUAAAGCUCUGCACAAACAGAUGAAAGAAAAAAGUGUGAAGACUCGACAGUGUUGUUUUAACAUGUUAACUGAACUGGUAAAUGUAUUACCUGGGGCCCUAACGCAACACAUUCCUGUUCUUGUACCAGGAAUCAUUUUCUCACUGAAUGAUAAAUCAAGCUCAUCGAAUUUGAAGAUUGAUGCUUUAUCGUGUCUAUAUGUAAUCCUCUGUAACCACUCUCCUCAAGUCUUCCAUCCUCAUGUUCAGGCUUUGGUCCCUCCAGUGGUAGCUUGUGUUGGAGACCCAUUUUACAAGAUUACAUCUGAAGCACUUCUGGUUACUCAGCAACUUGUCAAAGUAAUUCGUCCCUUAGAUCAGCCUUCCUCGUUUGAUGCAACUCCUUACAUCAAAGAUCUAUUUACCUGUACCAUUAAGAGGCUAAAAGCAGCUGACAUUGAUCAGGAAGUCAAGGAAAGGGCUAUUUCCUGUAUGGGACAAAUUAUUUGCAACCUUGGAGACAAUUUGGGUUCUGACUUGCCUAAUACACUUCAGAUUUUCUUGGAGAGACUGAAGAAUGAAAUUACCCGGUUAACUACAGUGAAGGCGUUGACACUGAUUGCUGGGUCACCAUUGAAGAUUGAUUUGAGGCCUGUCUUGGGAGAAGGGGUUCCUAUACUUGCUUCAUUCCUCAGGAAAAACCAGAGAGCUUUGAAACUGGGUACCCUUUCUGCCCUAGAUAUUCUAAUUAAAAACUACAGUGACAGCUUGACAGCUGCCAUGAUUGAUGCAGUUCUAGAUGAGCUCCCACCUCUUAUCAGCGAAAGUGAUAUGCAUGUUUCACAGAUGGCUAUCAGUUUUCUUACCACACUGGCAAAAGUGUAUCCCUCUUCCCUUUCAAAGAUAAGUGGAUCCAUUCUCAAUGAACUUAUUGGACUUGUGAGAUCACCCUUAUUGCAGGGGGGCGCUCUCAGUGCUAUGCUAGACUUCUUCCAAGCUCUAGUUGUCACUGGAACAAGUAAUCUAGGAUACAUGGAUUUGUUGCGCAUGCUGACUGGUCCAGUUUAUUCUCAGAGCACAGCUCUUACUCACAAGCAGUCUUAUUAUUCCAUUGCCAAAUGUGUAGCUGCCCUUACUCGAGCAUGUCCUAAAGAAGGACCAGCUGUAGUAGGUCAGUUUAUUCAAGAUGUCAAGAACUCAAGGUCUACAGAUUCCAUUCGUCUCUUAGCUCUCCUUUCUCUUGGAGAAGUUGGGCAUCAUAUUGACUUAAGUGGGCAGCUGGAACUAAAAUCUGUAAUAUUAGAAGCCUUCUCAUCUCCUAGUGAAGAAGUCAAAUCAGCUGCAUCCUAUGCGUUAGGCAGCAUUAGUGUGGGCAACCUUCCUGAGUAUCUACCGUUUGUCUUACAAGAAAUAACCAGUCAACCCAAAAGGCAGUAUCUCCUGCUUCAUUCCUUGAAGGAAAUUAUUAGCUCUGCAUCAGUGGUAGGCCUUAAACCAUAUGUGGAAAACAUCUGGGCCUUAUUGCUAAAGCACUGUGAGUGUGCAGAAGAAGGAACCAGAAAUGUCGUUGCUGAAUGUCUAGGCAAACUUACUCUAAUUGAUCCAGAAACUCUCCUUCCACGGCUUAAGGGGUACUUGAUAUCAGGCUCAUCAUAUGCCCGAAGCUCAGUGGUUACAGCUGUGAAGUUUACUAUUUCUGAUCACCCACAACCUAUUGAUCCACUGUUAAAGAACUGUAUAGGUGAUUUCCUAAAAACGUUGGAAGAUCCAGAUUUGAAUGUAAGAAGAGUAGCCUUGGUCACAUUCAAUUCAGCAGCACACAAUAAGCCAUCUUUAAUAAGGGAUCUUCUAGAUACUGUUCUUCCACAUCUUUACAAUGAAACGAAAGUUAGAAAGGAGCUUAUAAGAGAGGUAGAAAUGGGUCCAUUUAAGCAUACAGUGGAUGACGGCCUGGAUAUUAGAAAGGCAGCUUUUGAGUGUAUGUACACACUUCUAGACAGUUGUCUUGAUAGACUAGAUAUCUUUGAAUUUCUAAAUCAUGUUGAAGAUGGUUUGAAGGACCAUUAUGAUAUUAAGAUGCUGACAUUUUUAAUGUUGGUGAGACUCUCCACCCUUUGUCCAAGUGCAGUACUGCAGAGGUUGGACCGACUUGUGGAGCCAUUACGGGCCACAUGUACAACUAAGGUAAAGGCAAACUCAGUAAAGCAGGAGUUUGAAAAGCAAGAUGAACUAAAGCGAUCUGCCAUGAGAGCAGUUGCAGCACUGCUGACCAUUCCAGAAGCAGAGAAGAGUCCACUGAUGAGUGAAUUCCAGUCACAGAUCAGUUCUAACCCUGAGCUGGCAGCCAUCUUUGAAAGUAUCCAAAAAGAUUCAUCUUCCACUAACUUGGAAUCAAUGGACACUAGUUAGAUGUUUGUUCACCAUGGGGACCAUUACAUUGACCAUAUGAUGCACUGAAUUGACAGGUUAAUCAUCAGACAUGGAAAGAGAAGUGUCUAAAAGCUUCAAAAUGUUCCACUUUUUUUUCCUUCAUGGAGACAGUUUGGCUUUCUUCCAUUUUUGUUUUUGUAACAUUUAUUUCAGAAAUAUGUAUUUCCAUAAUCCAGAGGUUGUAAAACCACUAAUGUUUUAGUGGUUAGGGCAACAUUUAAAAUGGAAACUAAAAGUUAGGGUUUAUGGAAUGUGGAGAUAGGGUCCAGGAUCUAUUUGCCCUGUAAUGUUUAGGAUUAAAAUGUUAAAAUUUUGUGACCAUGAAUUUCUUUCUUUUAUAAAAUUUCUCUUAUUUAAAAAUCAAAAAUUCUGCAAGACAAAAACCAUGUUUCUUUUUCUUGUAUAACUUUUGGUUUCAGCAACAUAACUUGAUUUUUAGUUGGCAGAUAAUAUCUGUAAGAUUUGUUACACUUCAGAGGGUUUGGCAGUAUAAAAAAGAUAAUAAGGUGUCAUUAUUUUAAAAUAUGGGGAUUAACACUAUCCCUGUUGCGCACACUAAUUUUGCAUGAGCAAGUUUACAAAUAUGUAUUGUCUGUAAAGCAGCAUGUGCAGAUUAUUCAUAAUACAAAAGUUAAAAUAAGUAUUGUAUUAGUGCAAUUUGCAGAUAUUUAUUUUUGCACAGAAAACAUGUGGAGAGAGAGAGUGAGAGAAGAGAAAUUUUUGAAACUGGUUUUCUUAACUCCAGUGUGAAUUUACAGAGGUUUUCAGCAAAUCAAAUCACAACAAUUUGCCACGUUUUUCUAUUAUACAUUUUCUUAGACAUUUAAAAUUUGAAUAUUUAAGUACUCAGUUUUUCUCAGUUACCCGUUUGGUGUGUUUGUGUGUGUGUGUGUGUGUGUGUGUGUGUGUGUGUGUGUGUGUGUGUGUUUCCACUUAGAAAUUAAAUUCUUACAGCCCACUUUUUCUUUCAUUCCCUUUGGAUCUCUACAUCCCUUAUCAAAGGAUACAAAUACUGUGUGUGUUUUAAAGUUUUAUUUUUAUGAACAUUCUGAGGCCGGCUAUCACAGGCUAAUAGUAUUUUCUUUUAGUUGAGUUAGAGUCCUACCCCUUUCUUGUAGAUCUAAUUUACAUAUUGUAUUUGGUAAGCAUUGACUGCUUUUCCUGAUUUAAAGGGGUCUGUGCCGGGCAAAACGGCUUUGCAGUACCUUAAUCGUACUUAAGACUUUAUUUAACAUAACCUUCAGUGAACUCAUUUCACACUGUAGUCUCUUCCUUCAAAUUUGUGGUGCUCCUGUAACAGUCAGAACUAAUUUCUGAAAUAAAGACAUCUCCCAAUGCUGUGCAAACAUAGUUUACAUGUAUUGAAGGAGGCAGUUGUUACAUGUAGUGACCAGUUUUAAGCAAUCAGACAUUUGAAAACUGCACACUUAAUUUUUGAAACUGUGAAUUAGAAAUACUUUUCCUGCUGUAUUACUUAACCUGCUUAAACAUCCAAAUAUGCAGUGAUUUCAAUGGAUAAUAUACUGUGGUUAUUAGAUUAACAGCUUGAUUUUGAAUGUUCAGAUGAUAAUGCAUAAGACAUUACCAGUAAGGAUUUUGACUAGUACAUUGACACAGAACAUUACAUGAAGUUGGUGCCAUUUCAAAAUGUGGCAGGCAAUAAUAUACCAUAAUUUGCAUAAAACUAAUAGAAAUUUAUUUUGAAAUCUUAGUAUAUUAUGUACUAUACAUUAUACCGUGGUAUACAUGUUGUGGAUAUAUUUUAAAUAUUUGGUUAUAUGGUUCCACAGUAAUUAAGAAUACUGCAGGUUAUAGGACCAAAUAGGAGACUGACAUGCAUAUAUUGUAUGAAUGUCUUAGUUAAUUAUCUGAAGUUAUAUUCAAAUACUUUUCAUGUAUUGGAUUGGUCUUUUUUUUUAAUCUUCCAAGAUGCCUUUUUUUUUGGUUUUGCAAAAUGGCUAUUUUAUUUUAAUACAGUUGAAAUUCUGUCUUAAUACAAAAAGACAUAGUUUGCUCUUUCUAGUAGUAGAUAAUAGUUUUUAUGUAUAUAUACCUAUAUAUAAUGUAUAUUCAGAUACAUAAAAUUACUAACAGAAGACUGAAGUUUUAAAUGCUAAGUCAUUCUGAUGGACGCCAUGCAUCUAGUGGUGAUGUCCUGAUACUGGGGUGGAAGUUACAGGGUGUGAGGCAGUCACAGUCGGCCAUUCCUGCUUACUGGUCUGUUGAGUAGCAGUAGGAAGUUCUGUUUAGCAUUUCUACAUAUGUAGGUUCUUCAGAAGAUCUAAAAGUUAAUAGUAAGAAAACAGCUGUCUGCCGAUUUUCUUGAGGAUGUUUAAAUUGUUUAGAUCUACCUGACUUCUUUUUAAAGAAAGCUCAAUAUGGGGUUGUGGUUUUUUUGGUUUGUUUUGUUUUUUAAUUUCAGGUGUACAAAACAAUGUGUUUUGAGGUUAGAUUCUUUUAUGAAACUAAGGCAGAAAGGAAAUUUGAUAAAAUGACAAGGUCUAAAUAUUUAUUUAUAAAAUCAAUAGCACUGAAUAAUUUUUUAAAUGGUGGUCAUAUAUUCAUUAAUGACAUCUAAACUUCUUAAUUCUUGGGAAUUCAAAAAAAGGUUGGAGUAUGAUGACUUCCUCAAAUGUUUGAAUAUAUAAUUUUUAUGUAAUCAUAAUUAAAUAACCAAACCAGUAAUUUUUUUUAACUUUUGUUGGGUAAAUGAUAAAUAACAUGGGCAUAUCUAAUUUAACCAAUUCUAAGGGAUGUUCUGAUACCUUCAUAUCCAGCUUAGUCUCAGACGUAUGAAUAUGAUUAUAUCGGUAUGAUUGUAGUUCAAAAUAAUGAAAUAUACAAAAUCCUCAGCCAUUGAAAAAUUCAAUUAAAUGGUUAAUAGGCCUUGUAAACUAUAUUUAGCACCUGACAAAGUGUGUAGUAAUACAAUUUAAAAAGUGAAACAUUUCUCCCACAUUAAAUUUCACCAAAAAUUUAAAUGGUUAAAAUUAACUGCCAGCAUCUAGAUAAAUUUAAUGUUCUGGUAUUCAAGAUCUUAAAAAUGUCAGCAAAUAUUUGGAUUCUAGCUCUAUCUUAAAUUGAAUCCUCAUUUUCAAACCACUGCCACCCAAGAUUCCUAUCUACCUUUGAAAGCUUAUUUAAUCUGUGGAAUAGAAAAUGGACAGUACAGUAACAGUUCAUUUUACUGUUUGGAAAAAGGCUAUUCUGGUUUUAACUGACUUCCAGUUAAUUAAAGGAAACUCCUUUGAUACCUUUAGUUGCAAAAAUGGAACACCACGGAAGUAUUUGCUGGCAAGCUGCCAGAAGCUCACCAGAUAAGGCCAUUAAGAAAGAUGCACACUGAAAUCACAUGUUUUUUCUUUACAAUACAGUAAGUUGCUUUAUUUUCCUGUUAGUACUAGAAAGAACACUUGGAGUGUAAUUUAGGGCAAGAUCUAUCAGCGAUAUGUUUUUACUCUAACUUAGAAAGUUAGCUCUAAAUUCAAAAACAGGAUUAGUUUUUCAUUGGACAUCAUAAAAACCAACUUCAGUUAAAACUACUGAGGGGAAUAUUGCAGGUAAUGUUAUUUUGUUAGACCCUGUAAUGUCAAUGUGUAUCAGGUUUCAGAAUGAUUUUUAGUAGAGGGAGUCUUAAUACCCUGAUCGCUUCAUACCUUUUUGUUCUGAUCUUAAAUGAUUAUCAGUGGUGAUUCUGUCAAAUUGAAUUGUUUCACUUAGGUCUUAGAAGAGAAAGAGCUUGUAUUCUGUGAACUGUAAUUCUUUCUGGAUUAGGGAGUAUUGGAAUUAGUGUAUUUAGCCAUUAUCAGUAACUUAAUGGUUGAUGCACAUGGAGUGAUUUUAUUUGAGAAUGCUCUCUCACACACAAAAAGUCAAGAAUUGUAUUCCAGAACUGGUUAAUGUAUAAUACCAUGAUAACCUCAUGUUUUAAUAUCCUGUAAUAAUCCUAUUAACUCUGAAAAGCUGUUUUACAUGUUUCACAGACAUUUUACUUUUCAUAUAAGCCCACUGCUUACUUAGGUAAGGGCAGCUUAAAUGUGUGUGAUGGUAGCUUACUGUAAUCUUUGAGUAUUUUUAAAAGACAAAUGUGCAUCUUGCUUGGAAUCGUUACCAUCCAUAAACUAAGUUAGCCUAAAAGGUCUGGAAAUAAACUCCUGGUUCCUUA